AAUCCCGCCAGCCUCGUCAUUCCGGCCUGAACUUCUCCACCAACAGGCUCACUGCGAAAAUGAACACUGCAAAGAUCCACGACAAAUUGUCCAUAAUGAAUUUCUGGGAGCAGAAAAUUGAGAAUCACACCCAGAUGACGGAGCAUGAGGACGAGAGGAUGAACAGGAGUGCACUUUCUAGGCUAAGGAUGGAUUGGACCACAAGGCUGGAAAGACAAACAAAACACCUGAAGAAAGUCCACGAAGAGAGAGCAAAGAAGCCCAGGCCAGCAGAGAUGACAGCCAGUGCCUAGCCGGUCGAUCUCUUUGCCCCGGCCCAGUCUGCCUGUCGCUGAAGGUCCCUCCUCAUGCUUCUGUCUGUUUGCUCCCGUUUCUCUUUUCAAUAAAAAGCUGCCGUUUCAGCCAUU